AUGGAUCCAAAGGCACCUCCUGAUCUGAGCAGUAUGACGGGUGUUCCAUUUUUGGGACGCGGAAGAGGAUUGCAGCCAGAGGAGCUGGCUGUAGGACGUAGUAGAGGGCUGCUGCUCUCUACAGAAGGACCUGGAGUUGGACGAGCCAGAGGUUUUCACAUUCCUGGCGAUACCCCACACGGACGAGGAGUACCAGUUACUGGACCUGUUGUUGGACUAUCUAGAGGACUGCCUCUGCAGCCAGACGAUGGAGGACUUGGCCGAGCCAGAGGGCUGCUCCUUCCAGCAGGUGAACCAAAAGUUGGGGUUGCACAAGGUGCAAUCCAGACCUCUAUGGAGCCACAGCAUGUUCAGGCACGUCCUUUUGAAUCCAUUACAAGAGAUCCAGCUGAAAAGACCUCUGAUUUGACAAGGAAACAGGUUGAAGUACCUACUCAUGGUCAAGGUUCGGCACUGGUCUCAAUGUUUAGAGGGAUGGGCAUCGAGCCUGUAAUGACCUCAUGGGGAAGAGGAGCUCUACCAGUGGGAAGGGGAGCAGCUGGAGAUAUGGGAGAUGUGAAGCUUCAGUGUCCCCCAUUUGGUGUCAGCAGCCCAGAAAGCACCGGCUCACCUGAAGAGGUGAUGGGCAGAGGCAUCAGUUUCCAUGGCCGGGGUAUGGCCCCUCAGACAAUGCUGGGGCUUGGAAGAGCAGCCAUGCCACACCUUGGGGGAGGAAGAGGACGCCCUCUUCCUCCUUCUUUCACUCCAGGUCCAGUCGAGUCCUUCUCUCCAGCCCCUGAGCAACCAGCAGCCCUGCACUCUGUGGCACCACAGGCCGGAACAGCAACCCCUGUGCCCACCACUCAAGAUGUGAUGGAGCUGCCUGCCGGUUCACCUGAUAAUAUGGAGCUGAAAAUGGAGGCUAUCCGAGAGCCUCUUCAUAAGGCUGGAACGAAAGGAGCUCCUAUAACUAUCGGAUCAAACUACAUCCAAAUCCGUUGCAAGAAUGAGGCUGUUUAUCAGUACCAUGUUACAUUCAUUCCAAAUGUUGAAUCAAUGGCAAUGCGUUUUGGCAUAAUGAAAGACCACCGCCCCACCACCGGAGAAGUUGUAGCUUUUGAUGGCUCCAUUCUCUAUCUGCCUGUGAAGCUGGAAGAUGUGGUGUUUCUUCAGAGUGUGAGGCGGACUGACAAUGAGGAAAUCAAAAUCAAAAUCCAGAUGACCAAGAUUUUGCCGCCACACUCAGAUCUGUGCAUUCCCUUUUAUAACGUGGUGCUCAGGAGGGUCAUGAAAAUGAUCGGACUUAAGAUGGUGGGACGAAAUCAUUACGAUCCAGAAAGUGCAGUCAUUCUUGGAAAACAUCGGCUGCAAGUGUGGCCCGGCUACUCCACCUGUAUCAAGCACACAGAUGGAGGCCUGUACCUGAAUGUGGACGUGUCUCAUAAAGUCUUAAGGAAUGACUCGGUGCUGGAUGUCAUGAACUUGCUGUACCAGCAGAGCAAAGAACACUUCCAAGAUGAAUGCACCAAGGAACUCAUCGGCAGCAUCGUCAUCACUCGCUAUAACAACCGCACCUACCGCAUUGAUGCCAUUGAGUGGAACAAGUCACCCAAAGACACGUUCACACUGAUGGACGGCACAAAAACCACAUUUGUGGAAUAUUACAGCAAGAACUACGGGAUUACAAUCAAAGAGAUGGACCAGCCUUUGCUCAUGCAUCGGCCAAAGGAGAGAGCAAAGCCUGGGGGGAAGCAAGUCAUCACUGGAGAGAUCCUUUUAGUACCUGAGCUUUCCUUCAUGACAGGAAUACCUGACAAAAUGAGAAAGGACUUCAGAGCCAUGAAGGACCUGACCAUGCACAUCAAUGUGAACAGUGAGCAGCACACCCACUCCAUAAAACAGCUGACCAAGAACAUUGCCUCAAACCCCGAGAGUCUGGAGGAGCUCAGCCGGUGGGGACUGGAGAUCAGCUCGGAAAUCAUGAUAAUGAAAGGCAGAAUUCUGCCCAUUGAAACCAUCUGUCUGCAGUCUUCAUCCUUUACCACAGGUCCAGAUGUGUCCUGGUCCAGAGAGGUGGUCAGGGAUCCUUCCAUCAGCUCUAUCCCAAUGAACAUCUGGGCCAUCUUCUACCCACGCCGGUGUGCAGAGCAGGCUGAAGAGCUGGUUUCCACCUUUAACAAGGUGGCUGGGCCUGUUGGGGUGCGACUGGAGAGACCCAUUUGUGUGGAGCUACGGGAUGAUCGCACAGAGACUUAUAUAAAGUGCAUCCAUUCUCAGCUCACCAGUGAGCCGAAUAUGCAGCUGGUCGUGUGCAUCAUGGUGGGCAACAGAGACGAUCUCUAUAGCGCCAUCAAGAAGCUCUGCUGUGUCAAAAGUCCCAUCCCGUCUCAGGCCAUCAAUGUCCGGACAAUUUCCCAGCCACAGAAGUUAAAGAGUGUUGCCCAAAAGAUACUUCUCCAGAUGAACAGCAAGUUGGGAGGAGAGCUGUGGACCGUCAAUGUCCCUCUGAAACAAUUGAUGGUGGUUGGAGUUGAUGUCCACCACGACACCAGCAAGGCACAUCAGUCAGUCAUGGGCUUUGUUGCAAGUGUGAACAGCUCACUGACCCGCUGGUACUCCAGAGUAACUUUCCAGACUCCCAACGAGGAACUGAUCAACGGCUUCAGAGUUUGCUUAUUGGCCGCACUGCAGAAAUACUACGAGGUGAACCACAACCUGCCAGAGAAGAUUGUGGUGUAUCGAGACGGUGUGUCAGACGGUCAGCUGAGGAUGGUGGAGCAGUACGAGAUCCCACAAUUGAUCAAAUGCUUCGAGACCUUCCCAAGCUAUGAGCCCAAACUUGUCUUCAUAGUGGUCCAAAAGCGCAUCAGCACCACCCUUUAUUCCUGGGUUUCAAACAACUUUGGCUCACCUCCACCUGGAACCGUGCUGGAUCACACCCUCACAAACAGAGCCUGGGUGGACUUUUAUCUGAUGGCUCAUCACAUUCGUCAAGGCUGUGGACUUCCUACACACUACAUUUCCUUGUACAACACGGCAAACCUCUCGCCUGACCAUUUGCAAAGGCUGACCUACAAGAUGUGCCAUUUGUACUGGAACUGGCCUGGCACCAUUCGAGUUCCAGCACCAUGCAAAUAUGCCCACAAACUGGCUUUCCUGGCAGGCCAGUUCCUUCACAAAGAGCCAGCGAUCCAGCUUUCAGACAAGCUCUUCUUCCUUUGAGGUUAAACCAUCAGUACUUA